AUGCCUCCCAAAGGUGCCACCAAAGCGUCACCGGCCAAGAAGAGUGCAAGCAGCGACCGGCCAUCCUCGCCGACGUCGCUACUCUGGGCUCAUCAGAUCAAGCGCGAACAUGCCUGCCUCCUGCAAAAGAUGAACACCCUCGAGGCCAGCAUCAAGACAGUGGAACGUAAUGCAAAGAACAAGGACUCUGACGAAGAGAUCGCCGCCAUUGCUGAACAACUCCGCACCCUCGCCGAUGGUGGCGAUCUCCACCGCGUCCGCAAGGAGGUCAUGAAGAACAUCGAAGACCUCCAGGCGGGCCUUGAAUCUGUUCUGCUGCAAGUGGAUGGACUUACCCGCGAGAAUGAGUCGAGAGUGGAUGCUAGGAAGAAGCAAUUUGAUGCUGAGAAGGAGGUGUUGAAGAGGGUCAAGGAGGUGGAGAAGGGGCUUGCGGAGAGUCAGAGUUUGCUGCAGGAGUUGGGGGAGAGAGUUAGUGAGGAGAAGAUGAAUGUGAUUAAAGCUGAUCUGGCGGAGAUUAUUGAGAGGGUUCAAGGAGAUGGGGUGGAGAUGGAGAGGGUGGGAGAGAGUUUGAGGGUGUUGGAGGAUGUCGCGAGGGUGCUGAAGGAGGAUAAUAGGAAGGUUGCGGCGGAGGUGAAGGAGAUGAGGGAGAGGGAAGCUGUCGUGCCGAGUAAUGAUGUGCAGGAGGAUCCAAUUGCUGACGGCGCCCUUACGGGUGACAUUAAGACAAAGUCACAAAAGAAGGCGCCCGUCAAGAAGAAGGUGAAGGAAGAGACUGCCGCAGCAAGCAAGCCGAUCGAGACUGCUGCAUCACAGAGACCACGAAGAGGAGGCGGGCUGCAGCGCGAGCUUGCUGAACUUCAGCAGAGUCAAGUACCGCAAGUCGAUCGCAUUGCUCGCAACAAGGCUGCCGGCGCCACACAGCCAGCUCUUCGCCGUGGUGGAGGCCCGGCGAAGGUGCAAGAAUCGGACGAGGAACCAUCUACAUCUACCCUCGCAGCAGCAUCACCUUCACGGACUCGAGAAGCCGCCGUAACAACUAAGCGAGGUCGCAGAGCGGCGAACGUCGUCACACCCACUGUAGAAGAGGUUCCAAAACGUGGCCGUGGUAGACUACGCAAAGACAUAAGCCAGACUAUUGAGAAAACUACAGUCGACCCACCGAAGCGUCGCACAGGCUGCCCACGCAAAGAUACAACUCAAGCUGCCCAAGCACCACCAGUUCCAGCGCCAAAGAGCCGCAUUAUCGUGAAAGACGACGACGACGACGACGAGCUUACCCAGUCUCCUGCGCCCACCCGCAAGCGCAAAGCCAAUGCCCUCCUCGACGAUUCCAUCUCACCACCACCCCUCCGACGCGGUAUCAAACUCGCCCCAGCUGGUGCCAAGAAGAAACCACAACUCCGCCGCAGCCAGAUGAAAGUGGAGGACUCUCCUUCGCCCAAGAAGCGCGUGGAGGUCAAGAAGGGUGGCAGGAGGGGCUUGACAACCAUGUGGGAUGGUCGAGAUGGCAUGACGCCGAUCUCGAGCUCGAUGAGUGAAGGAGAGGCGCAGGAGGCGUUUGGGCCGGCGCCGGUGCAACAGGAGGUCGGAAACAAGGCGGUCCCUACUUCGGUGCCAUCUGCUACAGCAGCCCCUGCUACAGUGCUCCCUGCUACGGGAUACUUUGCUCCAGUGCUCCCUCCUAAGGUGCCCUCCGCUACAGCGCGCUCUGCUGCAGUGUUCCCUGGUACAGGCCCGGCGCCUCUGCCGCAGGUGCGGGCACCGCAGCCGCGGAAGAGGAGAGAAAUACCCCAGGAGUUUUCGGAUGACGAGAGACUGAGAAAACUGAGCAGGGGCGAGAUCGAGUGA